AUGAAAAUAGUCUGUCUGUUCAUGGAAACUGAGAAAGACGUCGAGGCACUUGUUUUGAUCUGUAAGAAAAAUCGGCAAUUGAUUGAAUCGAUUGAGGAAAAUCCGUUUUCCUCGAAGCUUUUUAUGACAGUCAAACAUCAACAUCUUUAUAAACCGACGGAUCCAAUCAACCCAGACGCUUUUUCAUAUCACGUGGAAUAUCCUUUGGGGUAUGAAGAAGCUAUGAAUAUAAAAGCGAAAUUGUCACAACAAGGGCAACAAGUGUUCUUAAGAAAGGUGGAGUUGAAUCAAAAUGACACGAAGUACUUUAACCCGAUACCUAAAGAAGUAUCUAUCUUUGGUGAGAAGUGUUUUUCCAAGCGUGUGAAAGGAAGAAUAGAUAUAAUGAACAACAUUUUUAGCAUGAAAGAUGCUUGUUUCUUUAGUUGUUACUAUUUGGAAUCAAUUCAUCUUCCAAAGACUCUCACAUUUAUAGGUGAAGAAUGUUUCAAAUUUUGCUCAAGUUUAAAAAAAAUUAAAAUGUAUGACGCGGUGGAGUAUAUUGGAAAAGAGUGCUUUUGUAUGUGUACAUCGCUUCAAGAAAUUAGUCUUCCCACCUCCCUGACAUACCUACCAAAUUCGUGUUUCUAUCGGUGUGACACUUUAACCAAAGUAUUCAUUCCAAAUGGCAUCACUGCUGUUGGUGAUGGGUGUUUCAAUUGUUGUAAUAUAUUACCAGAGUUAUCCCUUCCAACCUCUGUCCUUUCCAUUGGAAAUGAAUGCUUUAGAAAUUGUGUAUUACUCAGUAAUCUAACACUUCCCGAUAUCAAGGACAUAGGCAUCAACUGUUUUUCAAAUUGUAAGAAGCUCAACAAGUCUGAGUCUCCUUUGUUUUAA